AAUAAGUUGGAUGUCCAAAACUAAAGCUGGAAAUUGUAAAAAAAAGAAUUGAGAUAAACCAUUCAAGAUAAUAGAACUUAACAUUGAAGUACCCUUCGGAGAGCUGCACAAAAUAGUGGUGGAAAAUAAUGGCAAACAAAGUAGCACCCUGCAUUGAGUUGAACAAUGGCCAGAAAAUGCCCGUGGUCGGCUUGGGCACUUGGCGUUCCUAUGAGAACGAAGCCGAACAAGCUGUCAAAGAUGCCAUCGACAUUGGCCAUCGUCAUAUCGACACCGCAUUUGUUUAUCAGAAUGAGCAUGAAGUAGGCAGAGCUGUCAACGCCAAGAUCGCUGAAGGCAAAAUCAAAAGAGAAGACAUAUUUGUGGUCACCAAAUUGGGUGGCAUUCACCAUGAUCCCAAAUUGGUGGAACACGCUUGCCGCCAAAGUCUUAAAAAUCUAAACUUGGGCUACAUAGAUUUGUAUCUCAUCCAUUUUCCUGUGGCCCAAGCCUACUCGGGAGACGAAAAUGUUCGUGGUACAGGUGAACUAACAGACACUGAUUAUUUGGAUACCUGGAAGGCCAUGGAAUCACUUGUUGAUUUAGGCCUAGUUAAGGGGAUCGGCUUGUCCAACUUCAAUUCCCAACAAACUGAUAGAGUUUUGCAAAGUUGCCGCAUUCGCCCGCUGGUCAAUCAGGUGGAGUGCCAUCCAGCUUUGAAUCAAAAGAAACUCAUAGAAUUUUCCCGCCAACAUCAGAUUGUUAUAACCGCAUAUUGUCCUUUGGCUAGACCGAAGCCCGAACAACAAUGGCCUGCCUUUCUCUACGAUGAGACAGCUAAGGAUUUAGCCAAACGUUAUAAUCGCACGCCAGCGCAAAUCUGUUUACGUUACCUGAUUCAAUUGGGGACAAUUGUCAUACCCAAAUCGGUUAAAAAGGAACGCAUAGCUGAGAAUUUUGAUUGUUUCGAUUUUGAAUUGUCUUCUGCCGAUAUGGAUCUAAUGGAUGGUUACAACAAUGGUACGAGACUGGUACCCUUUACCGCCAUGAGUCAUCACAAAUAUUUUCCUUUUAAUAUUGAGUUUUAGGUGUUACUUAAACUAAGUGUAUAGGGAGUGUUUUUUUGUUAACAAAUGUUUACAAUAUUUCUAAUUGUUAUUACAAUAAAUGAUUUUUAACAGACUUUAA